UCGGUCCUUGUCACGGCAAACCGGAGCCCAGACCUCUGCGAUCGACUGCAAUCAAUCCAGAGCGGAGGUCAUGUCAACAACCGUGCACUGGGGAGAAAUGUUUAUACUCGUGCAAAAGACAUAAAAAGGAAACCUCCAAAUCUGGUGUUGAAAGCAAGCGUCUCGUUUCCAAUUCGCCAAGAUUUUUUUUCGCAGUUAAGUCAAUCAGGCAGCAAUGUGAGUGCGGACUGAGUCGCUUGUGUAGCUUCAGAGACAGAACUCUCUUGUCUGUCGUGACCCCUCGCUUGUUUAUUUGAACAACUUGAAAAUGGAAAUUCGAAUUGGUCACCUUCUGCUAUUGGCGUUGGUUCAGUGGCGGCGGUGUGGCGCUAUACAGUGGCUCGCCAUCGCAGUGAGCGGUACCGCUUUGGGUUGGAACCAGACUCAACACUGUAAAUUGCCUGGGUUAGUCCCAGACCAGCAGCAGCUCUGCCGGAGGAACCCGGAGCUCAUGCACAGCAUCGUGUUCGCGGCCCAGCAGACGGGCCUGGUUUGUCAGAAAGCCAUGGCAGACAUGAGAUGGAACUGCUCCUCCAUCCAGUUAGCCCCUCGCUUCAAUCCAGACUUGAGCAGAGGGACACGGGAAUCAUCCUUUGUAUAUGCGCUCUCUUCUGCUGCACUAAGUCAUUCCAUUGCUCGAUUCUGUGCCUCUGGCGAGUUGCCAACCUGUUCCUGUGGUCUCAGCCCAGCCGAGGUUCCUGGGCCUGACUUCAGGUGGGGCGGUUGUGGGGACAAUCUUCGCUAUGGGCUGCAGCUUGGCUCUGUUUUUGCAGAUGCACCAAUGAAAGGCAACAGAGCUGGAACACAGGCAAACAGACUGAUGAAUAAGCACAACAAUGAUGUUGGCAGACAGACAUUGAUUGAUUCAUUGGAAACUAAAUGCAAGUGUCAUGGUGUUUCUGGUUCUUGUUCUGUAAAGACCUGCUGGAAGGGGUUACAGGAACUAAAUAAGAUUGCUGUUAACCUUAAGUCAAAAUACCUGGCAGCCACUAGAGUGAUUCACCGUUAUGUUGGCACAAGGAAACAACUUGUGCCUAAAGAGCUCGACAUACGACCAGUUCGGGAGAAUGAACUGAUUUACCUGGUGGCAUCACCCGACUACUGCACAACAAGUGAAAAACAAGGCUCCUACGGUACUCAUGAGAGACCGUGCAACAAGACUUCUGUGGGCAGUGAUAGCUGUAACCUGAUGUGCUGUGGUCGGGGUUACAACGCAUAUACGGAAACAAUUAUAGAGAGAUGUAGUUGCAAAUAUCAUUGGUGUUGUUACGUAACCUGCAAAAAAUGUGAAAGGACAGCAGAACGGUAUGUGUGUAAGUAACUGCGAAGGACCUUGCUGUAUUAAAUAGUAGUAGACUUAAUUAAACAGUAUCUGAGAACAUAAACCAUAGGGAGGGUUAAAAACCUGGAAAUGGAUUGCCAAGACCAUGACCAAAAAUUCCUUGGAUACUACUGGCAAAACGAGUGGAGUGAACCUCGAUAUUGAGAGAAAAACAACAGAUAAAAGGCAAAAUUGAAACCCCCCCCCAGAGUGAAUGGACGAGUUAUACAAAAACAAUGGCAAGUGGACACAUUUCCAUUUAUCAGAAAGAUUCCUUUGUUCCUUUGCUAUGUUUAGUGGCCUAAAGGACAGCUGAUAUGUUCAGCAGGAUAGCAGGAUGAAUGCCAGUAAUUUGAAGGAAGAGAAUGGCAUUCAGUUAGAGGACAGAGCUGUGAUCAAUAGUGAUCAAUUGUUGAAGAGAAAGAUAGUGAAGGACAAAAUGAAAAUAAGGUGCUGCUCAAUCUGGGAAGCACUGAACAGGGCACACUUUACAGUGUUGAGGGAGCAAAUAUGACCUUGGAGGAACGUCUGUUCUGAUUCCUUAACAUUGAAAUGCUGUAAGUACGGUGCAGCAGAACAUGUUAUCAAGCAAUACAACAAAGACAUUCCACCUCGUUUGGAGUGUUACCUUAAACCCUAAAUAUGAUGAUAACAUUCUGUGUGCUGGAACUUAUUACAAUGUGCAAUAAAGGUGCCAUCCUACCACUGACAGUUAUAAUUUCAUCAGGAAUCCUAGUAGAAGUUUCAAUGUUGCCAAGUAUGUGGCAGUUCUUAUUUAUGGACAAUUUUGUUGGGGGUGGGAGUGGAUGAGGUGGCAUAAGGAGAUAGCUGGCUAAAUUUAUUACUUUUUCACAUAGGCUGGCGAAUCAAGU